AGUGUUGUUGAAGGAGAAGAAGAAAGGCCAGAUAUGGCGGCCUACAUGAGAAACGUGAUAAUUCUGCUCUCCACGGAGCGAAACGUGUUACUGAGGGGAGGUUGCGACUACACAGUGGAAUCAAGGCGGUAUGUGAGGGGGCUGAGGAGGACACCCGUCAAGGUGUUGUUUCCCGACAGCAACAGGGAGACCGUGGCUCCUCCAAAGGGGUCUGAGGGUCGGAAGGAACCGAAGCCCGCUCCUCCAAAAGCUCCUGGGAUGAAGAGGACCUUCAGUCCUCCAGCAGCGAUCAUGAUCCCGAGCCAUGCGUCUGUGCCUGCAUCGGAGCAAUCAAACAUCACCUUUUCCAAAGACCGAAUCGGAGGACUUCGUUUCGAAACAGCCUUCCCCGGAGACAAAAGACUGGCGAGGGUGGUAAGUAUCGCCCGCUCUCGGACGUUCCGGGAGCACCAGGGUAAGAUCCUUCUGGAGGGGAAGCGUCUGAUCUGCGACGCCCUGGAGGCCGGAGCCCACCCCCAGAUGGUGUUCUUCAGCCGGGUGGAGAAGCUGUGUGAGCUGCCCCUGGACAAGCUGAAGAGAGCCACUCUGGUUAAAGUCAAGUUUGAGGAGAUCAAGAUCUGGUCCGAACUUGUGGCUCCUCAGGGGGUGAUGGCCAUAUUCUCCCGCCCCGACCCGGAGAAGAUGAGCUUCCCCAAGGCCCGCCCCACCGUGCCGCUGUCCCUGAUCUGUGACAACAUCCGGGACCCCGGCAACAUGGGCACCAUCCUGCGCUCGGCCGCCGCCGCCGGCUGCCGGGACGUCCUGCUCACCAAGGGCUGCGUGGACCCCUGGGAGCCGAAGGUCUUGCGUGCGGCGAUGGGCGCCCACUUCCGCCUCCCCGUCCACUGCAGCCUGGACUGGAAGGACAUCAGAGCUCGCCUCCCGGAGCACACCUCCGUCCAUGUGGCCGACAACUACUGUGGCCCCGCGAGCGCAGAAGAAGAAGAGGUAACGGAGCAUCGUCACGCAGAGGUCAGAGGUCAACCUACCGGAGCCCUGAAGGCGGGGGACUACGGCUGGGUGAGCACGCGGCGUGGACGGGGGAACCCCGACCACGACGAGUACGACUCGGACUCUGACUCGGACGACGAGACGGCCGCGGGGCUCCAGCUGCCCCGGGUCGACGCCCUGCUCUACCAUGAGGGGUGGGGCCGGGGGCCGGCCGCGCUGGUGGUGGGCGGGGAGACCCACGGCCUGAGCCUGGAGUCGGUGGGGCUGGCGGCGGAGACGGGGGGCCGGCGGCUGCGGAUACCCAUGGUGCAUGGCGUGGACAGCCUGAACUCGGCCAUGGCGGCCAGCAUCCUCCUCUUCGAGGGACGGAGGCAGAUGUUGGACUCGGUGGAGACUUCCGCAAGGAAAGGGAAAGCGGAGAGACGGCUGAUAUGAGUGCGUUUGUGUUUGAAUGAGGAGUUUGUUUGUGAUGAUUCAUGAGACGUUUUGCCCGUUUACAGUUGGUUUGUGGUGUGUUGGCCUGUACUGCUGAAGGAUCUUUGAGGGCUGAAAGUUUUGAUUUGUAGGGAGAGGGACUGCAUUAAUCAAGGUCUUCAACCACAGGCUCUGAGGUCGUUUUUGUACUGCGAUUGGUUGUCUAGUGAUUUAUAUAUGAAGUUAGCCUACACUGUAAAUAAAAUAUAUAACUCCAUGCGAAUGUGUUGGUAUACAUCCACCCUCUGAGCCAUUUACAAGUCAUUACAGAAGAACACAGAUUUUCUGCUUUUGGCACGGAAGCUUGUUUGUGUCUGAGAAACUGAAUUAUCAUUAAUGACAAGUCCAUUCAGUGAUGGAUAUCACAUGGUUGCCACUAGACUAGGGCCUUCAUAGACGUCAGUGACAUCGGCUAUCACAGCUCCAUAAUGGCUUAAUGUAGUUUUAUACCUGCAGUUGAUUAUUUCACCACAAGGAGGUGACAAUACCUGGCCAAUUGCAGCAUGAUGUGUAAAACAUGUGAGAAAUACUUUAACAUCAAGGUUACAAUUGGAAAACAUUUCAGUAUUUCUGCUCGAUAGUCUUGGAAAGUCUUAAUUCCUCAAAUCUUUCUGUAGUUGACAAUGCAAAUAAUUUGUGCUUGACAGUGAAUUUUUAAUGAUUGUGAAGUCGUGAGUUGAAAUACAACCUGGCAAUGGCAAGAAGUUACACAACAAUUAUACA